AUGGCCGACUCGAGCGAUGUGAGCUACCCGAACACGGGCAGCCCUGUUGUAGACAAUCUCAAGAACGAGGCCUCCCGGACGACCGACGAGCUCCGCGACUUGAAGAACUCGCGGGUGACCCCUUCGACCACCACCGCUACCGGGCAACCCUUGACUCACUACCAUUCUCUGCUGUACAGCCUCCUGAGCUGGGAGCAACCUCGCGCGACCGCCGUGUCCUACGCCAGCAUUGUCGGCUUCAUCUUUGCCGCCCGCUACCUGCCUCUCCUCCGCUGGGCGUUCAAGUUCCUGUACAUGUCAUUGGGAUUGACCGCCGCCGUCGAGCUUACCGGCCAACUCGUUCUGAAGCAAGGCAUUGCCAGUUCGUUCCGUCCCCGCCGAUACUACACUAUUCCCAAGGAAACUGUGGAGGCCGUGCUGGAGGACAUCGAGCAGCUCGGAGACUUCUUCUUGAUUGAGUUCCAGCGCAUUCUGUUCGCCGAAAAUGUCAUCCACACGAUUGCGGCUUUCGUGGCAGCCUUCACUGGAUACUGGCUCAUCCGUUUCGUUCCGCUCUGGGGAUUGGCUUUGAUUGCACUCAAUGUCGCCUACUUCGCUCCUCUUGUCUACAUCAGCAACCGGGAAAUCAUUGACGAGCAGAUCAACAAUGCUCAGUCCAUCAUCAGCUCCCAGACCAACCAGCUGAAGGAUCUCGCCGGCGAGCACACCUCGCACGCUACCGGCUUGAUGAAGCAGUAUGUCGGAGACUACAGCUCCAAGGCCCAGGAAUACAUCGGCCACCGCAAGACUUCCUCCCCCGAGAUGACCAAGGCAGCUCCGGCCCCUGCGAAGGCGCCUGAACCCGCCUUCGAGCCUGCUUCCGAACCCCUGAUCAAGACGCAGGACUUUCCUGAAGCGCCCUCGGCCGAGCCCGUCACGCAGGCGGUGGAGCACCCAACCGAAGAGCGUGAGCCUCUUUUGGCUGUGUAA